CAUUUUGAAAGUCUUGUUGAUUCGGGGAGUAGGGCGCGCGGCGCGAGCAUCACGCCAGAGCGUCGCCCUCACGCUCUCUCCUCACUGUCAGCCUCCGGAACCUCGCCGAACCUCUCGGAACCUUCUAAGUGCUUCGCGCGCCAAGCUCGCGGCGGCCGGGAGCCCGCGGUCCUCAAGAUGUCUUCGCCGGCCCCCACUGCGGAGGAAGAGGACACCACCGCCCAGCCCGCAUCCGAGAAGGAGCCCGACAUGCCCGGCCCGAAAGCGGAGAGCGAGGAGGAGGAGGAGGAAGAAGACGAGGACGAGGAGGAGGAUGAGGAGGAAGAGAAAGAAAAGAGUCUCAUCGUGGAAGGCAAGAGGGAAAAGAAAAAAGUAGAGAGGUUGACCAUGCAAGUCUCUUCCUUGCAGAGGGAGCCAUUUACGAUUGCACAGGGAAAGGGACAGAAACUUUGUGAAAUUGAAAGGAUACAUUUCUUUCUGAGUAAGAAGAAAACUGAUGAACUUAGAAAUCUUCACAAACUACUUUACAAUAGACCAGGCACAGUGUCCUCAUUAAAGAAGAAUGUGGGUCAGUUCAGUGGCUUUCCGUUUGAGAAAGGAAGUACCCAGUACAAAAAGAAGGAAGAGAUGUUGAAAAAGUUUAGAAAUGCCAUGUUGAAGAGCAUCUGCGAAGUGCUUGAUUUGGAGAGAUCGGGUGUGAACAGUGAGCUAGUGAAGAGGAUCUUAAACUUCUUAAUGCAUCCAAAGCCUUCUGGCAAACCACUACCAAAGUCUAAGAAGACUCCUAGCAAAGGCAGUAAAAAUGAACGCAACAGUUCUGGAUCGGCAAGGAAAGCGAAACGAACCAAAUACCCCGAGAUUCUGUCAGAUGAGUCGAGUAGUGAUGAAGAUGAAAAGAAAAACAAGGAAGAGUCUUCAGAGGAUGAAGAUAAAGAAAGUGAAGAGGAGCCACCAAAAAAGACAUCUAAAAAAGAAAAACCUAAGCAGAAAGCUGCUGCUAAAAGUAAAAAAUCUGUAAAAAGUGCUAAUGUGAAGAAAGCAGAUAGCAGCACCACCAAGAAGAACCAGAACAGUUCCAAGAAAGAAAGCGAAUCUGAGGAUAGUUCGGAUGAUGAACCUCUAAUUAGAAAAUUGAAGAAACCACCUACAGAUGAAGAGCUAAAGGAAACAAUAAAGAAAUUGUUGGCCAAUGCUAACUUGGAGGAAGUGACAAUGAAGCAAAUCUGUAAAGAGGUGUAUGAAAGUUACCCUGCUUAUGACUUAACCGAAAGAAAAGAUUUCAUAAAAACAACUGUUAAAGAACUAAUCUCUUGAGACUGUGAUAGAGGAAGAGGCAGAGGAUGUAUUCCCAUCCAUCUGAAGAUCUGAUUUGUACCAUUAUACCAGCAAAGAGAAUGUAACUCCUUUUCUAAAUCCUUGCUAAGUAUUGUUGGCAGAACUAAACUGCUGACCUUUUACUUUUACUGUCUUGAGUGUCACGUAAAAUUGAGUUUGCCAUUUUAAAUUGCAUUUCUAUGCAGGUUUUAGUUAAAAACUCGUGCAUGGCAGUAAUUGUUCCUUGCUUUUAUAGUUGUAUUUUGUAAAUUUUUGAUUUCUUUAUAUAAGGUCAUAGAUAGAUGUGGGUUUUAGUGCAGUUAACAUUAGCUUGCUUAAGACAUUCUUUUAACUAAAUAGAACUCUCACUGGCAUUUAUACAAAGACUGUUGCAGUAUUUAGUACAUGAAUUAUUUUGAAUUUUGAAUACACGUCUCUUCUGUCAGAGUGAGAGCUCACUGAUGGUGUGGAUCGGAGAACAGAAACCACAGCUGUCCAGGGGCCUAAAUCAGAGCUUCUCCUGCAUGUAUAUAAUGUCAGAUUGUCAGCAUGACAGAAGUUAUUUUUGUAUCUUUAAAAAACAAUUUGUUGUAUAUAGUUUUUUUAAUUUCUUUUGUGCAGAUCAAUUUUUAAACUCAUGUGGGUAGGUAUCUUUCUAGUUGUAAACCAUGAACAGUCAGUGUUGAAGCAGUGUGAGCGGGCAGUGGAGCUGGCACCCAGCGGCCAGGCAUUGCAGGACCUUGCUCUCCUGGCCUGCCUUCCAGUGUAGUCAGUCUGUAGUUUUACUGCUGAGACUGCAGAAAUGGUAAGGACAGAUCAAAACAUCAAAAUUUCCAAAACUUUUUGGGAAGAGAUUACAUACAAGCACAUUUAGCUUAUUAGUAAAAGUCAAUUUUUAAUAACUGCUUUGCCCAUAAAAAUGCAAAUAUCUACAGAAAACUUGGACUGCUGUCAUAAUUAUGACAAAAGUACCAGAUGUCGUGCCAGAAAUGUUACACAGACGUAGAUAUCUCUGACAAAGUAUUUCUCAGAAAUAACAUGCUUAUUAUUUUUAACAUUUAAAAAUUUCACGUAUUUGUGUAAUUGGGGCUUUUGGUUUUGAAGUUUUAGCCAAUCAGGAUUCUAUUCAAUCAGCAUAUGGACCACUCUUGAGUGAGGCAGAUUUUAUCUUUUCCUUAAUCAGUUUAUUAAAUCUCUGAAUUUAAACUAAACCAUGCUGCUAUAACAAAAUAAGUCGAUGUAUCCAUGGAGUGUUUAAAAAAAAAUCUUUGCAUCAUAGAAACUGAUUUUGAAUGUGAACCAGUGUUUUCACAGGUUUGACCUGUUUCUUGGUAGUUCAUAUUUUAGGAAAUGGUAUGUUUAAUAUAAGGGAAUGGAAUUAUAAGCAACUAAGGGAGACCUACAAAUUGGCUUUGGAUUUUAAAUAUUCUUGCAAACCUUGUGAAUAAAAAUUACAACUCUCAA